AUGUCGUGGAAUGUCUUUCGUAUCCUAGCCGAUACAUCUCAUCUCAGCUCGAUCUGCAUCUUAACAUGGGCAAUUCAUAAGAACAGGAGCGCAGAGGGUGUCUCGCUCCUCACGCAGAUCCUCUAUGGCGUGGUGUAUGUUACCCGCUAUCUGGAUUUAUUUCGAGGUUCCUCGUGGUCGUUGGGCGGACCCAAUCCAUGGCUGAAGCUGUGGAACCUGUGCUUCAAGAUCUUCUACCUCGUCUCAUCAUCCUACGUGAUUUUCAUCAUGAUGAAGGUGUUUCCGCGGACGAGGGAGAGGGAACGAGCAUGGAAAAUUGGGUUGUGGUCUGUGGCCGGAUCAGUGGUGCUGGCACCCUUUGUGAUUCUGGUUUUUGAGGGCGGCUUUCCGAGUCUAUGGUUUCUGGAGCUCUGUUGGGCUUUUUCUAUCAUUCUCGAGGCCGUAUGUGUUCUGCCGCAGCUUCUGCUCUUGCGCCAGACGACCGUCCCAACGGUAAUUGACUCAUACUAUCUCCUUGCGCUGGGCUCAUACCGGGCAUUUUAUAUUCUCAACUGGCUGGUCCGGGGAUUCGGGAGUGAUAUGUUCUGGGACCCCGUGGCGCUCGUGUUCGGGAUUAUCCAAACCGCCUUUUACGUCGACUUUGCCUGGGUCUACUACUCGCGCCAACGGGUCAAGCUCCGCAACGGGGGCGUAGUGGACUCGGAAGAUUAUAGUAAGAGCUGGCUCGUGAACCGCGUGAUGAACUUCCGGGCGUCGCGGACCUCAGCAGACGAGGAGCAGAAUCUCCGGGACGAGGAAGACGGAGACUCGGGUCGGCCGACUCAUAAUCGGUGGGGCGCUCGAGGAGUCUCGAUCGCAGCCGAUGACACCCUGGAGGAUCAUGGUCGCACCAUGGGGCAAUCUCGGGAUGACAGCGACGAUGAGUUUUGA